CCUCCAAUCACUGGCUGGAUGUUGAUGUCCUGCGAUACCUACAGAAGGCCUUUAGCAUUGCAAAAAGAAGCAAGCAAAAGUGCUCUCCAGCGACUCGAGAUUAUUGGAUAUGAGACAAUAUUUUUGUUUUUCUUUUGCGUUAUAGGUUUCUGGUGUGGAAAUAAAGCAGGGCCUCCUCAUGCGUCAGAAAAUAUCCGAGAAGGAUGCCGUCUAACUGCGUAAACAUAAGGGCUUUGGCUCAGCAUCGAUUUAUUGUGUGUAUGCUGCUGUUCUGUGUGGUGACUAGCAUUCACACCCGGUCCUCUCAAAUAUCGGAUUUAAAAUCUAAAAUAUCGGGGGUGGAGGAGCUCUUAGGAGAAUUCCGCAAGCAGCUCCAACAGGACCAGACGUAUACCAGGGAGGAGGAGGAGGUGGUUGAUGUCUGCCUGGGUUACUUCAACGCCGUAGAGGAACACAUCAUCCGAGCGAGGGCCUCAAUAGAGCAGGGGGCCACCUUUCUCUCGGCUCCUGACCAGGUGUACAGUUGGAAAGACUGUCUCCAUGCCUGCUGCGCAGACCCCCACUGCACCGUGGCGGUGGUCCAGGAAGACCUGAGACAGUCGGACGACGGACUCAGCUGCUAUUUGGUCAACUGCAGUUAUAGAAAUAAAAACGUCUGUUCAUUCGCAGCACAGGCAGGGUUCAGCACCUACAGCCGGGCACACAAUACAACAGGACACCUCACCUCUUCCAGUGGCACUGGAGGUGGGAACAAAAUGAGGAGACCUGAGGAAAAUCCUAGUGUUGAAGAUGGCACGCCAGGUGAGGUUCUGCAUCUGCUUUUAUUUCUAUGGGAUUAUAAAUUAUAACAUACAAUAUACAUACAUGCAAGUGUUUGUGUCUAAACCACAAAAGUAUAUAAUAUGUUGCUAUUGCUUAUGAUAAAGCAUGCAUACAUAAUAACUGGUUGCUGGUAAUUCUGUUCCACAACCUCUAACAAUUAUCAGACUGGUGUUUAGCUUAGGUUAAUCAUUUGUUAUUUGCCCCCUGCUUCUAAAAUUAGAUGUAAUCUAAGUUAGUGAGUCCAGGUGCGUUUGACAAGUUUCUCACUGAAUUUGCAAAAAGUAAUCAAUGUAAAGGCAUUUCAUAUUUUUUCACCCAACUUUUAUACUAAAUCCAAUGACAUGGUGAAAUGUUUUGUUGAUUUCAUGUUGAAUACAGGUUAGCUGACAACUCAACUAAAUGUAAAUGUAAAUCAAAACUAGACAUUGAACUGACGUCUGUGUCCAGUGGCUUAGCUCUGCUCUGGGUUGUUUUCAGACAUGGACGAGCCGCCCCGCAGUGAUGCCGGCCAGGAUGUGGUCAUCCAGCUGCCCACUGACUGGGCCGUAGUGGAUGGCCGGGACAGUGUGGACGACCAUGGAGUCACUCGUUACGAAUGGGCCCUGGUGAAGGGCGACCAAGACAUCAACAUGAAGGUAACACUGAAACAGGUGUCAUUCUUCCGCAUUUAAACUUUGUUUUUGCUUUGGUUAUUUAUUCUGUGAGUAAUCUUGAAUGUCAUAACACUGUAGAAAGGCAUUUGGUAUAGUAGAUCUGGGACUCACAGUUGUCUAGUUGCUAUAAUGCCAUACAUAGAAUGUGGUAUAUACUUCAGUUAGAAUGGAUCCUGUGUUUGCCAUAGACAACAGGUCGAAUUUCGAGUGCAGACACAGUAAGCAUCUUGCCUGAUGCAUUUGUGUGUAGUGAGUUAAGUCAACAUGGUGGUUUGCAUGGUGUGGCCAGAGCUCCAUAAUGCCCUGCUGCACAGACACAGAUAAAAGGCUAUUAUCACCCAACCUGCCCCAAGGACAAGAGCCCAUAUUGUAGGCUACCCUGUCUCUCCCUGUGACGCCGCUGAGCAGUUGAUGUGAUAUACCAGUAGCGAGUUUUUACAAGAAAUCCCUCUUGACUCUUUUAAUGAACGUGGCUUUGUUCAUGGCAUAAAAUCUUCAGUACAGUUUUCUUCUGUACUAUUUUCUCUCUAAAAUGUUAUUUGCGCCUGUCUGCAGGUGACCCAUCCAGGGUUACUGAAGAUCAGUGGUCUACAGGAGGGUGUCUAUACCUUCCAGAUGACUGUCACCGACACCGCGGGACAGAAGAGCACCGACAAUGUCACUGUGACUGUGCUGGCUCCAGAACGCCAAGCUGAAGGUGAAAAACACUUCAAUCUCCUCUAUCACUGAGAGUUACCAGCCUGAUGUUCAUCUAUCAUUCAUUAGUGGAUCUUGCCUAAUUUCUCGCUAUUCUGUGACUAACAUUAAUAGCAAUAUUGUGUUGUUGUGGUAACAUUUCUUUGUGCUUCUCUGUGGUCCUGUUCCUCAUAUAAGACCAUUUCCACUCUAGACAAAUGUCUUACAUGAAUCCAUGCUUCCAAGGAUUGAAUCCAUCGCUUAAUGAAACAGAGCCUGGUAUUUAGUACUCUAAUAAAUUAAGCAGUACUGCCAUAGUCAAAUGGCUGGCUGCCUGAUAGCCAUUCAGAUGAUCAGGCAUUUUAAUAUAUUCACUGCAUAGAGGGGCCAUGGAUGAGAUAUGCCUUAAAUCAUCCUAGUCUAGCCCCCAUCUAGAGUAAUAAACAUAGGAAGAGGGUGGGGAUUGUUUAUGUACCUGGAAUAUGAAGGUACUUUUCUAAACCUGUAAGUGAUGAAUAUCCUCAAAGACAGAUAUUACAGCAACAUAAUGGGUACAAUGUACUACUACUAUACAUUUCUCCUGUCCAAUCCUGAAUUCCAACAAACAUAAAAUGAGUGACCAAUUACACAGAACAGCAGUUUAACAUCCAUAGAAAGGCUGUCAAGUAUACCUGGGACUGUCAUUGGGUGCCGUGGUGGUGGUGGCCAAUAGUAGCACUUCAUCACCCAUUUGUGAGUGUGUAGAUAUGGCACUGAACUACAUUGUCACCAGAGAGUAAAACAGAGGUGUUUGUGUCUCCUCUUCCCCAGUGUGCACAGGUAGCUGCUCACGCUACCAGUUCAUGUGUGACGAUGGCUGCUGUAUUGACAUCACCUACGCCUGCGAUGGGAAGCAGCAGUGUCCAGACCGUUCGGACGAGGAUUUCUGCCAGAGCUGUAAGUCACUCAGUCUGUCCUCCUCACACUGUCAGCCACGUGGAGGCAGUAGCUCCUGGAAAUGAUUGACUUCCCUGUCAAAAUAAAGGUGAAAUAAUUAAAAUGUUGAUCAUAUUGUAAUAUAAUAACCUAGAGGGCUGUAGGUUUCCUGUGUGGACUUUAUUGUACCAGGAUGAUGUGUAGUUUUAGACUUUAUUGUACCAGGAUGGUGUGUAGUUUUAGACUUUAUUGUACCAGGAUGAUGUGUAGUUUUAGACUUUAUUGUACCAGGAUGGUGUGUAGUUUUAGACUUUAUUGUACCAGGAUGGUGUGUAGUUUUAGACUUUAUUGUACCAGGAUGGUGUGUAGUUUUAGACUUUAUUGUACCAGGAUGGUGUGUAGUUUUAGACUUUAUUGUACCAGGAUGGUGUGUAGUUUUAGACUUUAUUGUACCAGGAUGGUGUGUAGUUUUAGACUUUAUUGUACCAGGAUGAUGUGUAGUUUUAUACUUUAUUGUACCAGGAUGGUGUGUAGUUUUAGACUUUAUUGUACCAGGAUGAUGUGUAGUUUUAGACUUUAUUGUACCAGGAUGAUGUGUAGUUUUAGACUUUAUUGUACCAGGAUGGUGUGUAGUUUUAGACUUUAUUGUACCAGGAUGGUGUGUAGUUUUAGACUUUAUUGUACCAGAAUGGUGUGUAGUUUUAGACUUUAUUGUACAAGGAUGGAGUGUAGUUUUAGACUUGAUGGUACUAUCCAAGGCUUUCGACUCUGUCAAUCACCACAUUCUUAUUGGCAGACUAAAUAGCCUUGGUUUCUCAAAUGACUGCCUCGCCUGGUUCACCAACUACUUCUCAGAUAGAGUUCAAUGUGUCAAAUCGGAGGGCCUGUUGUCUGGACCUCUGGCAGUCUCUAUGGGGGUGCCACAGGGUUCAAUUCUCGGGCCGACUCUAUUCCCUGUGUAUAUCAAUGAUGUCGCUCUUGCUGCUGGUGACUCUCAGAUCCACCUCUACGCAGACGACACCAUUUUGUAUACAUCUGGCCCUUCAUUGGACACUGUGUUAACAAACCUCCAAACGAGCUUCAAUGCCAUACAACACUCCUUCCGUAGCCUCCGACUGCUCUUAAACGCUAGUAAAACUAAAUGCAUGCUCUUCAAUCGAAUGCUGCUUGCACCCGCCUGCCCGACUAGAAUCACUACUCUCGGCGGGUCUGACUUAGAAUAUCUGGACAACUACAAAUACCUAGGUGUCUGGUUAGACUGUAAAGUCUCCUUCCAGACUCACAUUAAGCAUCUCCAAUCCAAAGUUAAAUGUAGAAUCGGCUUCCUAUUUUGCAACAAAGUCUCCUUCACUCAUGCUGCCAAACAUGCCCUCGUAAAACUGACUAUCCUACCGAUCCUUGACUUCAGCGAUGUCAUUAACAAAAUAGCCUCCAACACUCUACUCAGCAAAUUGGAUGUAGUCGAUCACAGUGCCAUCCGUUUUGUCACCAAAGCCCCAUAUACUACCACCAUUGUGACCUGUACGCGCUCGUUGACUGGCCCUCAAUACAUGUUCGUCGCCAAACCCACUGGCUCCAGGUCAUCUAUAAAUCACUGCUAGGAAAAUCCCCGCCUUAUCUUAGCUCACUGGUCACCAUAGCAACACCCACUCGUAGUCUGCGCUCCAGCAGGUAUAUCUCACUGGUCAUCCCCAAAGCCAACACCUUCUUUGGCCACCAUUUCUUCCAGUUCUCUGCUGCUAAGGACUGGAACAAACUGCAUUUAUUUUGCUCAUUUGCACCCCAGUAUCUGUAUUUGCACAUCUUCUUCUGCACAUCUAUCACUCCAGUGUUAAUACUCAAUUGUAAUUAUUUUGCACUAUGGCCUAUUUAUUGCCUUACCUCCAUAACUUACUACAUUUGCACACACUGUAUAUAUAUUUUCUAUUGUGUUAUUGACUGUAUGUUUUGUUUUAUCCCAUGUGUAACUCUGUGUUGUUGUUGUUUUUAUCUUGGCCAGGUCGCAGUUGUAAAUGAGAACUUGUUCUCAACUGGCUUACCUGGUUAAAUAAAGGUUAAAUAAAAAAUAAAAAAAUAACUAGGUUGGAUUGUAGUUUUAGACUUUAUUGUACCAGGAUGGGGUGUAGUUUUAGACUUGAUAGUACCAGGAUGGAGUGUAGUUUUAGACUUUAUUGUACCAGGAUGGGGUGUAGUUUUAGACUUGAGUGUACUAGGAUGGAGUUGUAUGCAUGCAGUUCAGUCUGGAAUAUCAGAGCAAGGAGGGCUGCAGUAAAUGAAUGAUGAGCAGGUGAAUGUCUGUUUGCACUGUGUCCGAGAGCCCAGGAUGACCCUGCCCUGUCCUCUAUGUCCUUUCUACAGUUGAUGGGAACAGGAAGUCGGUGACCCACCCUGCAGGUGCCAGCCCACACAGGCAUGUGGCCCAGCCAGAGGAGACUGAGGACCACUCCAUGGCACAGGGUAGGCCACAGAAGACCAUGGAGGAGGCCAGACCCCCACCACCACAUGCUCCACAAGCCCCACAGACCCCACUGUCCAAUGACAGGAGCAAAGCAGUGCCCCCAGUCCUGCCACAGCCAAGUCACAGUGAACAGGAGAGCCCUGUCAGUCAAGGUACUGUCAUUGUGUAACUAUUACCUAGCUAUGUUACUACCUAGCAAUAAACCAGUAGGCAAUUUUAAUGCACAUGAAUCAAAACACCAUAUUAACAGCUUUGGACAAAAACCUGUAAUAGUUAAACUAUAGAUUAAAGGUUUUGGUCAGCUAUGAAGGAAUUCAAUCCAUUUGGUAUGGCUGCACAUUUUUUUCUGGUUGGCCAGAGUUUUGUCUGUGCUAGCAGAGAGCGGAAGGCUUUUGUGUGUUAGCUAGUAAGAGCAGACAGAGACAGAUUGAACCCCUGCAGGCAGCCAUUGAGCCAUAGAGCUGAUCUGGAAACUGUGGAGCGAGGCAGAAUACAGCCCACAGGGGCACUCUGUGAGACGAGCAGGGCUGGGAUUGGAGUGCAGUCCUGGGACGGGGAGUGAUCCUCACAGGGGCCAUUUAUACCCAUGUCCCCCCUCAGCGCUGGAACAAAGCACUCCUCUGUUCCCUGCCACCUGAUCCCUGAGUUAGGCUAGCCUGAGAUGGAUGAGGCAGGGUACUUCCCAUGUUACCUUAUCACAGACUGAGACCACCUGACCAAAUCUCUCCUUCCUUCUCUCUGUCGCACCUGACCAAAUCUCUCCCUCGCUCUCUUUGCUCUCUCUCUCUCUCUCUCUCUCUGUUGCACCUGACCAAAUUUCUCCCUCCCUCUCUCUGUUCUCUUUCUGUCCCACCUGACCAAAUCUCUCUCUCUCACUCUCUGCUUUCUCUCUGUUCCACCUGACCUAAUCUCUCCCUCUCUGUUCUCUCUUUGUCCCAGCAGAGCCCUGUGCAGCGCCGCCUGCUGUGGGGCCAUGUAAGGGCAUCUUCCCACGCUGGUUCUAUGACCCUGUGGCUGAAGAGUGCAAGCACUUCCUCUACGGAGGCUGCAAGGGCAACCAUAACAACUUCCUGCAGCAGACAGACUGUGUCAAUGAAUGUAUAGAAAUAACAGGUAGGAUUUUUCUAGGAGAUUACAUUUUCUUUGUUUUUCAGAAUUAUUAUCUGGAUCCUGAUGUGCAUUCUCAUUACAUAUUGAAUGAGGUGUACAUAAUGUAGGAAUACAAUUAUGCAAAUGAAUAAUGGGAACAAAUAAUUCAGGUCCUGCUAUCAAGCAAAUGACCAUGGCACCUCCCCCCACCACCAAACACACAGAGACGGGUAAAUUAAAUUAUUUUAGGAUUAUUACUCCUGAACAUGAUCAUUAAUGAGCUGAGUACAAUCUCUCACCUGUUUCAGUCUUAACCAGUGUAUUUACAUUUACAGCAGAGACCCCUAAAGUGACCAUGAAGUGGCCAGAGACCAAACCACUAUCAGAGAGUGACAUGUUCCCAAUAUCCAAACCACAUUCAGUAGUGGGAGGACACCCAGGGCCUGAGUCAGGUCUGUUCAACAUCCUUACCAACUUAGCUACAAUAACGCUGUACUAUUAGGUUAUACAUGGAGAAUUGAAGAUAGUAUAUGACAGUGCCUGUGACAAUGCCUUUACCUCUCUCGUCUCCCCUGCAGGUGCAAUCCUGCCAUUGGUUCUGGGCCUGAUCAUCACGGCUCUGUUGCUGCUUAUGAUUGGCUGUCGUCUGCGGUUGGUCCGUCACAAGCUGAAGAAGGCCCGCCCCCUCACCACAGAGGAGUCUGAUUAUCUCAUCAAUGGCAUGUACCUGUAGCAGAAUAGCAGGCAUGUGCACAGAUAGGGCUCUACCUGUGCAGAGAACAUGCCCUUUGCCCUUCCAGUCUCUGAAGUGCCCUUUUGUAAACAAAACAAACAAAAAGUUUUUGUUUUUUUUCCAUACAGUUUUUGUCGCUGUUGUUCUGAAUCCACUGCCCGCAUGUCAUCUUUACAUUUACAUUAAAUAUGUGUCAUUUAAUUAGCCAUUAAGAUGUGGCCAUCUAUUGCUUCUAUGUAACUAAAUCAUUAAAGUCAUAAUUGCUCAAUGAGUCUGUGACCGCAGUUGCAGAAUCUUCUUUUUUUGGGUGCCCUUUUUUUAGUUUGAGCACCUGCCUCCCAAAAGGUCUGUGCAUGGCACUUCUAUUUCUAUUGGAUGCAUCCUCUGCACUAAAAGACCCUCAUGCAUAAAGUGGUCCUCUGUAGCUCAGCUGGUAGAGCACGGCGCUUGUAACGCCAAGGUAGUGGGUUCGAUCCCCGGGACCACCCAUACACAAAAAUGUAUGCACGCACGACUGUAAGUCGCUUUGGAUAAAAGCGUCUGCUAAAUGGCAUAUUAUUAUUAUUAUUAUUAUAAACACCAAAACUGUCAGUCAACUGUUAGCCAGGAGGAGUCUUCAUGAUAACAGCCUAUCAAAUGUUCUAUAUCAUGACAGUGUACACCUUCUUUAGGUGCACUUGAUUUAUCUAACUCGCCAUGCUAGGU